UUAUCUUUAAUGAGCUUUAUCUUUUUAGAUAUUUGAAUUAGAUAAGCAAUUGACUGCCCACAAAAGAUAACUAGAUUCAAAGGUUCUUUUCUCGUUCAUUUAAGUAAAAUAAGUAAUUAUUUUAUUAGUGUUAGUUAAAUUGAGCUAGGCAACAAAAUGGAAGAUUGUAAUGUUGCUGUUGUUACGGGUGGAGCCCAGGGGCUUGGAGCAUCCAUUACAAAAGCCCUAUUAAAUAAAGCUUAUAGGGUAGUUGUUGCUGACAUUAACGAAGAAAAAGGAAAAGAAUUCGUUCGCCAAUUAACAAGUACUUUUGGGACAUCAAAGAUUUUAUUUCACCUCUGCGAUGUCACAAAGCAAGAUGAUUAUAAAGCUGUUUUUGAUUUUACUCUCAAGGAAUUUAAAAGAAUUGACGUUUUAGUCAACAAUGCUGGAAUAUUGAAUGAACAUCAUCCUCAAAGAAUGCUGAAUAUUAAUGUGCUAGGAGUUUUGAAUGGUAUUCAAACUGCAUUUCAUUAUAUGGGAAAAAGUAAUGGAGGAAAAGGUGGUUUCGUUGUAAAUACAGCCUCGAUUGCAGGGUUUAUUACCCACCCUGCUUUCCCUGUAUACUGUGCUUCAAAGCAUGCUGUAAUUGGAUUAACUAGAAGUUAUGCGAAUCCUUUCUAUUUCAAUAAAGAAGGUGUGAUGUUCUUUGCACUUUGUCCAAGUUAUGUUAAAACAGAUAUGGUGGAUCAGAUAGGUGCAAAUACUACAAUUAAAGGAUACAAAAAUAAAGAAGACAGAGUUCUCUUAAACUCCGAUGACGUCGCUCAAGGUGUAAUUAAGUUAUUGGACGAUAAGAUAAAUGGUUCCACUUUAGUGUGUACAACAGAGGAAGGAUUUUUCUAUGUCGGAUUGCCGAGGGAAUUAGAAAACAUAUCGUUGGAGUAAUUUUCUAGUUUACUUUAACAUGUUCUGCUUAAGCAAUAACGGUUAUUACGAAGAACAAUGCAAGCAUGUAUCAUACUAAAUGUACAAAUAAAAGAAUGAUUUCUAAAAAAA